AAAAACUAAUAAUUUGUUGCUAACAUCAAAAAAUAAUUUAUUUAUCAGAUAUACCAAAAUCAUAAAAAUGAGCAUCUCACAUUUCAACAUUUUCUAAUGAUAUUGAAGACUAUAAUUUAUGAUUUUAAGUAGUUAAAUAUAGUUAACAUCAUUACAUAGUUUUCCAGGUCCUUAAAAUGAACAACAUUAAGUCAUUUGGUAUAUAAACUGUGAUAUCAAGUAGCUAAAUUUACAUCGUAGGUAGAAAUCUUAUGUAUGUUUCAAGGAUGAUUAAGCAUAAUAACAAUGAAUUAAAUUCUUCAGGUUUUGAUGGACUAUUCCAGCUCUAAGACCCCGAUACUCAACACAAACUAUUUCUUAGAUAAAGCAAAAAAAUCUAAAUUUUUGACCAGAAAUAAACAUUUAUGUUAAUUUUUCCUUUUGAUCAGCUAAAUUCUGUAGCAAUGACUAUUAUAUUAGUAACUUUUUUAAUUAAUUCUAAAUAAAAUAAUUUUCUAUUUUCAACAUUUCCUUUAAAGAUGUAAAUGUAUUGAUUUCAAAAUAUCCCUAGUCUAAUUCAGAAUAUAUGCAUUCCAAAAAUAUAUGCACUAGUUAGUUUUUACUAAUAAUUGAAUAAUAUCAUAAUCAUUCACUUUGUAAUAAUCUCGUUCUCAAUUGGUUCUAAAUUGGCUGGUUGUUUAAUAUAAUCUUUCUAAAAAAAAUUGUUAUCAUUUUUCUCAUUUGAUUAUAAAUAUCAAUAAAAACAAAAUAAGCUUGGAUUAAUUUUCUAAAAACUUUUGUGUUUACUGACAACACUCCUUAUUUAACAACAUUAAAUAUAUAUGGUAUGGAUUUAAAUGAUUUAAAAAUUAAAUACAUAGUAGAAGAAGCACUUCAUUUCUUUACAAAUAAAUCCUCAAAUUAUAAAUAUAAUAUUAAGAAAAUUAAUAUUUCUGAUAAUCCUGCAUUGUCUCAUAAAGGAUGGUAUAACUUAUUUAAAAAUUUUUUCUUUCAUCCAAAAGUUGAUUUAGAAGAAUUAAAUAUGACUUACACUAUGAUCGACAUCUAAAAAAAAUUGGAUUUAAUUGCUGAAAAUAUAAGAGAAAGAGCUAUUGCUUCUCCUAAUUAAAAAGUCCCACUUCAUACAUUUUUAUGUUACAACAUUAGUUUAAAAGAUUAAAUUGCAGAUUAUUUAUCAAAUUAACCUUAAAAUUAUUUAAUUUCUUAAGAUUUACUUGUCGAAAUAGAAUAUGAAAAUACCUUAAACUUUGGAUUUUUUGAUGGAUAUCCAGAAUCUUUUGGUGAUAUUUUAUAAAUGUUUUAAAGAAUUCUUAAAUUAAGACAAAAUGUUGUUUAUUAAUAAGAUUGGACAGUAACAAGAUCAAAAUACUCUCAUUAUCAUUUAAAUAUGUGUGAUCAUUAUCUGAAUAUCUUGAAUAUGCAUUAUAAUACAAAAGGAAAUAAUUAAAUUGAUAUUACAUAAGUUUGUUGUCUUUAGAUAAUUUUGCUAAUUUUUUUGAUUAUAAAACUGAAUAUCCUGGCUCACCUUAUCCAUAUAAUAUAUUAUUUUCAUAACGUACUUUUGAUUAUUUUAAGAGAAAAAUUGCAAUAUCUUUAAAAUAAAAAUAAUCUAAACAGAAUUUGCUGAAUUAGAAUAAAUAAACUAAUUUUAAAUUUUAAAACUAUGGCAUAAUAUCAAACAUCAUAGUACUAGUAUAGAUUAAAUAUAAAUUGAAUAUGAAUUAAAUGAUGAUCUUAUAGAAGAAAUGUUUUAGUAAGGAUAUAAUGAAUAUGAAAUCAUUUCAUUAAUCAGAAUUAUACCUCCUUCAAAAAUUAGAAUAUAAAAUUCUCUAAGUAUUUAAGCAAUAAAAGGAAUAUAUUCUAUUCUUUAUGACACUUAUUAUUUUAAAUAUGCAAUCAUCAGUUAUAGCUUUGAUAAUUUUUUAAAUAUUGGCAUUGGUUACUCAAUGAGAGAAGUGUUUUACAACUACAAUGCAAUUGGAACUAUAUCUAAAUUCAUUAAAAUUGUAUUCUAUAAAUUUUUUAAUUUUUUUGUGAAACCCACUAAGAAAUAUAUAUUUAAUGAAGAAGUUAAGCAAUUAAAUAAUUAUUUGUCUUAAUAAUAAUACUACUUUUUUAUUAUAGUCAUUACAAAUAUUUUAUUUUUUGUAAUCACCUUAGCAGGACCUUAUUUAUUUACCUAUAAAUUAUUAGACACAGAUAAUUCUCAAUUAACAAAGCCUUAUUUAUGUGUUAAUGGGACAAGCAAACAAGCUUCUUAUUUAUAUUAUGCAUUUGCUGUCCUUUCCCUAAUAACAGAAUCAAUACUUUAUUAUAAAGUGGCAAAUAUUGUUCCAAACCAUGCUGAAAGAAUAAUUAUUUAAAAAAUUGAAUUUGAAGAAUAAUUAGAUAAUCAACAUUAAUAAUAAUAACUACUAGAAAUAUAAAGUAAUAAGAUUCUUCCUGCAAGUGAAGAAGAAGCUAUUAUGCUUAAGAAAAAAUAAUAAGCUUUAUAAAUUUAAGUUUAAGAAAAAAGUAUUUCUAAAAAAAUUACAUCAUUUUCUGGUAAACUUACUUAGGCUAUUGCAACCUAAGCAGAAGAAUUUACUUAAUCUAAAUUUGGAAUCUAUCUAAGUUAUUUUAUGACAUUGUUAUCAUCAUAAUUAUUUAAAUUUGACUUAUAUAAUGAUGUUGUUUUUAUAUUGAAUGCCUUCAAUUGUGAUGAGUUUAGUGUGUUUAUAUUAGCACUUAUAACUACAGUAUUAUCAUAAGGAAUCUACAUUUUGUAAUUCAUUUAUUUAGUAAGCUCCAGAUUAACAUAAAAUUAAAAAACUGCUAAAUUACUUUCUUGUAAAUUUAUUAAUGAUUUUUACGCAAUCAGUUUUCUUGGCAGAAAUGCAGCACUUUCAACAAUACUGGAUUCUUCUUCACCUUUUAAUGUGAUAAUCAUUCCAAAUACAAGAAUAAUAAGAUAUUUAUUUCCUUAACAUGCAGGAAAAGCAAUGAGUAAUUUAGUAAAAUCAUAUUUCUUUCAAUUUAUUUGUGAAGAUUUACCUUAAACACUAUUACAAAUGUAUUUUGUAGUGAGUCAAGCUCUUAAAAGAUCUUCAAAUCUCUAAGUGUAAGUGUACAUAUCUAUAUUUACAGCAAUAUUUACAGCCUUAUCAUCUUUUUAUAAGUAAANAAAUAUUGGCAUUGGUUACUCAAUGAGAGAAGUGUUUUACAACUACAAUGCAAUUGGAACUAUAUCUAAAUUCAUUAAAAUUGUAUUCUAUAAAUUUUUUAAUUUUUUUGUGAAACCCACUAAGAAAUAUAUAUUUAAUGAAGAAGUUAAGCAAUUAAAUAAUUAUUUGUCUUAAUAAUAAUACUACUUUUUUAUUAUAGUCAUUACAAAUAUUUUAUUUUUUGUAAUCACCUUAGCAGGACCUUAUUUAUUUACCUAUAAAUUAUUAGACACAGAUAAUUCUCAAUUAACAAAGCCUUAUUUAUGUGUUAAUGGGACAAGCAAACAAGCUUCUUAUUUAUAUUAUGCAUUUGCUGUCCUUUCCCUAAUAACAGAAUCAAUACUUUAUUAUAAAGUGGCAAAUAUUGUUCCAAACCAUGCUGAAAGAAUAAUUAUUUAAAAAAUUGAAUUUGAAGAAUAAUUAGAUAAUCAACAUUAAUAAUAAUAACUACUAGAAAUAUAAAGUAAUAAGAUUCUUCCUGCAAGUGAAGAAGAAGCUAUUAUGCUUAAGAAAAAAUAAUAAGCUUUAUAAAUUUAAGUUUAAGAAAAAAGUAUUUCUAAAAAAAUUACAUCAUUUUCUGGUAAACUUACUUAGGCUAUUGCAACCUAAGCAGAAGAAUUUACUUAAUCUAAAUUUGGAAUCUAUCUAAGUUAUUUUAUGACAUUGUUAUCAUCAUAAUUAUUUAAAUUUGACUUAUAUAAUGAUGUUGUUUUUAUAUUGAAUGCCUUCAAUUGUGAUGAGUUUAGUGUGUUUAUAUUAGCACUUAUAACUACAGUAUUAUCAUAAGGAAUCUACAUUUUGUAAUUCAUUUAUUUAGUAAGCUCCAGAUUAACAUAAAAUUAAAAAACUGCUAAAUUACUUUCUUGUAAAUUUAUUAAUGAUUUUUACGCAAUCAGUUUUCUUGGCAGAAAUGCAGCACUUUCAACAAUACUGGAUUCUUCUUCACCUUUUAAUGUGAUAAUCAUUCCAAAUACAAGAAUAAUAAGAUAUUUAUUUCCUUAACAUGCAGGAAAAGCAAUGAGUAAUUUAGUAAAAUCAUAUUUCUUUCAAUUUAUUUGUGAAGAUUUACCUUAAACACUAUUACAAAUGUAUUUUGUAGUGAGUCAAGCUCUUAAAAGAUCUUCAAAUCUCUAAGUGUAAGUGUACAUAUCUAUAUUUACAGCAAUAUUUACAGCCUUAUCAUCUUUUUAUAAGUAAAUUCUAAUUGUUUAUUUUAUAGAUUUUUAUCAAUAAGACCUUCAAAUUUAUUAUAAAGAGAUUUUGAUGAGAUGUCUGUUAGAUUAUCUAAUAACUAUGAUGAAUAAAUUUAAAAUUGCCUACGAUAAGAGUAAAUUCAAAUUUAGACAUUUAUUGAAUUAUAUAAUACCCCUGAUCAUGAACUUUUGCCUGCUGAAUUAUCAGAGGAAGAAAGAUAAAAUUUAUUAAAUUGA